CACCCUGGGAAAGUAUGUGUGUGGAGAUGAAAAAUGUAAAGAGGAGAAAGGAAGAAAGAGGAGAGGACCCAUCAAAUUUGUGCGUGUUGAGAAAUACGAGUAACUGAAACCACCGAACGAAACAUUACACAAAUACAAAACCAAACCCACAGCUCAACCAAAUCUCAGACCUCACAAUCAACGCCAAGAAGAAGAAGAAGAAGAAGAAGAAGCAGAUAGGAGGAAACCCACAUCCAGAUUUCAAUCAGAUUCUCAAAGCCACCAAUUAUGAGUGGUGCUGCUCCUCUCAACUCCUCCGCCUCUGAAUUGGACUUGGAUCGCCCCAAUAUCGAAGAUUACUUGCCUUCCGGAUCCUCUAUCCAAGAACCCACUGCCAAGCUCCGCCUGCGUGAUUUGCUUGAUAUUUCGCCGACUCUUACCGAGGCUGCUGGUGCUAUUGUUGAUGAUUCGUUUACUCGGUGUUUCAAAUCAAAUCCACCAGAGCCAUGGAAUUGGAAUAUUUACUUGUUCCCUUUGUGGUGCUGUGGAGUGGUGAUUCGGUAUCUAGUUCUCUUCCCGGCGAGGGUUCUCAUAUUGACAAUAGGAUGGAUAAUUUUCCUUUCAACAUUCAUUCCAGUGAAUUUACUUCUGAAAGGGCAACCUAAGCUGAGAGCUAAGUUAGAGAGGUUUUUGGUGGAGUUGAUUUGCAGCUUCUUUGUUGCAUCUUGGACUGGGGUUGUUAAGUAUCAUGGGCCAAGGCCUAGCAUCAGACCAAAACAGGUUUUUGUGGCCAACCACACUUCCAUGAUUGAUUUCAUAGUCUUGGAGCAAAUGACUGCCUUUGCUGUUAUUAUGCAAAAGCACCCUGGGUGGGUUGGCCUGUUGCAAAGCACUAUAUUGGAGAGUAUAGGAUGUAUAUGGUUCAACCGUACAGAGUUGAAGGACCGUGAGAUUGUUGCAAAGAAGUUAAAUGACCACGUUCUAGGGGCUGACAACAAUCCUCUUCUUAUAUUUCCUGAAGGAACUUGUGUAAAUAACCACUACUCUGUUAUGUUCAAGAAGGGUGCAUUUGAACUUGGCUGCUCUGUUUGCCCAAUUGCAAUCAAAUACAACAAAAUUUUCGUCGAUGCUUUUUGGAACAGCAGGAAGCAGUCAUUCACUAUGCAUCUGCUGCAGCUUAUGACCUCUUGGGCUGUUGUUUGUGAUGUUUGGUACCUGGAACCCCAAGUUUUGAAGCCUGGAGAAACACCCAUCGAGUUUGCAGAGAGGGUCAGGGACAUAAUAUGUGCUCGUGCAGGUCUUAAGAAGGUUCCAUGGGAUGGAUAUUUGAAGCACUCCCGUCCGAGCCCAAAAUACCGAGAACGUAAACAACAAAGCUUUGCGGAGUCAGUGCUGCAGCUAUUGGACAAUAAGUGAUGUCUGUCAGUAUCUAGUCUUCAAACUACAUUUACCAUUGGAAGCCAGGUUCCUGCCUGAAGCCUAAUUAUUUGGCUAGAGUUCAUUCGAAGAACCGUUGAGGACGGCAGGUGAGUAGGAAUCUUCUUUCAGGGAUGGGAUAGAAUCGUGUAGUUACGUAAAUUAUAGAAUGCCAUGGAUUGUUUUAGGUCUUUUAAGCAAGCAUCAAUUCUUGCACAAAACCUUCCUUUGAGUACAUCUCUUCAUUGGAGUUUUAUCUUGUGCUUUGUGGUUCUGUAAUGGGCUUCCUGGUUUUGCUCUGCAUUACCCUAAGUUUUGUUGCUGUUGGAUGUUUUGAAGUGUUUAAAUAGGUUCUUUCUUUUUUAGUUGAAUUCAAAUAUGUUCUAGACGAACUAUUAUUUGUCAACUGAAAUGGUUUUGUGAGACAAAAA